AGAUACCCAUAUUCUGUUUUCAAAGUCCAAAGUCCAAAGUCCCUCGGUCUCCGUCUACUUCCUAUGCACUUAAGGUCUGUUGGAUUGCGAUGUACCGGUAGGUAGGAGUCCGACAUUAGGCUGCUUGGCAGAUGGUACGGUGGGAUGCUCCCCAGUUACGCCUACCUUCUGUGAUUCUACGCUUUCACUAUGUCCGGGAAAGUGGCCCUUGUCACUGGCGCCACUGGAUUGCUGGGCAGGCAGGUCGUCAAGGCCUUCGAGAGGGGGAAUUGGAGCGUCAAGGGCACAGGGCAUUCUCGCGCUGAUGGUUCGGCUGUCCUCAAGGUCGACCUAGCAAAAUCGGAGGACGUCGAAGCUGCAUUGGACAGCGUCAGGCCAAAUGUUGUUAUUCACUGCGCCGCAAAUCGAUUUCCGGACAAAUGUGACAACGACCCUGAAGGCACUCGAGCUUUAAAUGUCACAGCUACUGAGGGUCUCGCCUCUCUUUGUGCUGCACGCGAUAUUUUUCUCGUCUAUAUCUCAACCGAUUAUGUGUUUCCUGGAAAGCCCGGCGAUGCUCCUUACGGAGCAGACGCUCCUCCUCAACCGACAAACCUCUACGGGCAGACGAAACUAGAUGGUGAACUAGCAGUACUGAAUGUUUUCGAAAGAGCCGGUAAGGCAGGUCUCGGCACCGUCUUGAGAGUCCCGGUUCUCUACGGCGACGCUGAAAUGCCUGCUGAGAGUGCAGUGAAUGUUCUCAUGGAUAGUGUCUGGAAAGCUCAGGAGCCCGAUGCAAUAAUGAAGAUGGAUCAUUGGGCAUUGCGGUAUCCUACUAACACGGAGGACGUAGGGCGAGUGUGUCUCGACAUUGCCGUGAAAUAUCUCAGUACCAACGACCGCUCCGCACUACCGCAGAUCCUUCAGUUCUCAUCCGAAGACAAGUUCACAAAGUACGAGAUUUGUCAGGCGUUUGGCGAAAUUAUGGGUUUACCGAUCACUGCCAUCGAGCCGAAUACAGCAGGAAACGACCCAAACGCUGCGGUCCAGAGACCUUACGACUGUCACCUCAGCACCGCGGCUUUAAAAGACAUUGGUAUCGAUGUCUCGACGCAGGAUUUCGUCGCGUGGUGGAGGUGGCAUGUUCGAGCUUUCAGAAAAUAAUGUAGGAUUUGCGCCAAGA